AAUUCUAGUUGGCUAUUUUGUCCACACGCAGGUCCACGUUCAGUGUUUGAAUAAACUUGUGUUUAUAAAGCCGGCCAAAGGGUGUUAAAGAAGUCCAGGAAAACAACCACAGGCUGACAUGAAUGAAUCACUGGUGAAGACAAAGCUGAUGAGUCUUGCGGGCCGGCUGGUGACCCCUGAACCCAAACUACAAGAGAGGGGUCAAUGGAGCAGUAAAAUAGAAUUUUUGCUGGCAGUCUCUGGAAACAUCAUUGGUCUGGGUAAUGUCUGGCGGUUUCCUUACCUAUGCUACAAAAAUGGAGGAGGGGCUUUCUUCGUACCCUAUGUCUUAUUCUUGUUCACCUGCGGAAUUCCUCUCUUCCUCUUGGAGACAUCUUUGGGUCAGUUCACCAGUCAGGGUGGAAUCACUUGUUGGAGGAAAAUCUGCCCACUAUUUGAAGGCUUGGGUUAUGGAAGUCAAGUUGUUGUUUUAUACUCUGGGGUGUAUUACAUCAUCAUUCUGGCUUGGGCAUCCCUCUACCUGUUCUCUUCCUUCAGCUCUGAACUGCCCUGGGCUAGCUGUCAAAACAGUUGGAAUACAGACAACUGCUUUGAACAUGGCAAAAAUAACACAGAUCAUCUCCUUGGGAAGACAAAAUCAUCGGACGUAGAAUUCUGGGAGAGAAGGAUAUUGGGUUUAUCAGGAGGAAUUGAGGAGAUAGGAAAUAUUCGUUGGGAACUGGCUCUGUGUCUCCUACUGUGCUGGAUCAUCUGUUACUUCUGUGUCUGGAAUGGAGUGAAGUCAACAGGAAAGGUGGUUUACUUCACUGCCACCUUCCCCUAUGUGAUGCUGGGGGUGUUGCUAGUCCGCGGACUCACACUGCCAGGGGCCAUAGAUGGUAUUAAGUUCUACCUGUAUCCUGACCCAGCCCGUCUUGCUGACCCUCAGGUAUGGAUGGAUGCUGGGAGCCAGAUAUUUUACUCUUACGGACUUUGCACUGGUGUUUUGACAGCUUUAGGGAGCUACAACAAGUAUAAUAACAACUGCUACAGGGACUGUAUAUACCUCUGCCUCCUAAACAGUUUAACCAGCUUUGUGGCUGGUUUUGCCAUCUUCUCUGUGCUGGGUUUCAUGGCUUAUGAGCAAGGUACUGACAUCUCAAUGGUGGCUGAAUCAGGUCCUGGCUUAGCAUUCAUUGCCUAUCCUCGUGCAGUGGCCAUGAUGCCAGUACCUCAGCUCUGGGCUACUUUUUUCUUCAUUAUGAUCAUCUUACUUGGAUUAGACAGCGAGUUUGUGAAUUAUGAGUCCUUGGUCACAGCUAUCUCCGAUAUGUAUCCUUCCUUUUUCCGCCUUGGUUACCGUCGUAAACUCCUCCUACUUGUCAUGUGUGUGGGGAGCUACCUCCUUGGCCUGCUGAUGAUCACAGAAGGUGGACUGUACGUGUUUCAGCUGUUUGACUAUUACGCUUGUAGUGGAAGCACUCUUCUGUUCUUUGCCAUUUUCCAGUCUGUUUGUAUUGGAUGGAUAUAUGGUGGAGACCGCCUAAACGAUAACUUAAAGGACAUGAUUGGUUACCAUCCUUUGGCAUUCAUAAAAUAUUGUUGGCAGUACAUCACACCAGCUGUCUGCAUUGCCACAUUUAUUUUCUCCCUUGUCAAGUAUACCCCUGUCCAAUUUAACAACAACUAUGAGUACCCCUGGUGGGGCUAUGCCAUUGGUGGGUUUCUUACACUCUCGUCAACGCUCAUGGUUCCUUUCUGGAUGCUAUACUCUAUUUCUACCACGCCUGGCACCCUCAGACAGAGGAUUGCAACGCUAUGCACUCCCGCAGAGGACCUGCCUAAAAUAUCUCGAAAUAAGAAUAAGGCCUUAAACCCUGCAGCAUUCCAGACAUUUACAGAAUUGUGUACACUGCGAAUAAUAGAAACUACUAGUUCCAGGUAG